GAUACCCCACUCUCAGAAAUAACCAAAGACAAUGGUUCACUGUGCGGGCUGCAAAAGGCCAAUCUUGGACCGGUUCUUGUUGAAUGUACUGGACAGGGCUUGGCAUGUGAAGUGUGUUCAGUGCUGUGAAUGUAAAUGCAAUUUGACAGAGAAAUGCUUUUCGCGAGAAGGCAAGCUUUACUGCAAAAACGACUUCUUUCGGUGUUUCGGGACCAAGUGUGCGGGCUGUGCCCAGGGCAUCUCCCCCAGCGACCUGGUCCGCAGGGCGCGGAGCAAAGUGUUUCACUUGAACUGUUUUACGUGUAUGAUGUGCAACAAGCAGCUCUCCACCGGCGAGGAGCUCUAUAUCAUAGACGAAAACAAGUUCGUCUGCAAAGAAGAUUACCUAAAUAACAGCAAUACUGCCAAAGAAAACAGCCUGCAUUCAGCUACCACCGGCAGUGACCCCAGCCUGUCCCCCGACUCCCAAGACCCCUCCCAGGACGACGCCAAGGACUCGGAAAGCGCCAACGUGUCCGACAAGGAGACAGGCAGCAACGAGAACGACGACCAGAACCUGGGGGCCAAGCGGCGGGGGCCCCGCACCACCAUCAAAGCCAAACAGCUAGAGACUCUGAAGGCCGCCUUCGCGGCCACCCCCAAACCCACGCGGCACAUCAGGGAGCAGCUGGCGCAGGAGACCGGCCUCAACAUGCGCGUCAUCCAGGUGUGGUUCCAGAACCGCCGCUCCAAGGAGCGCCGCAUGAAGCAGCUGAGCGCGCUGGGCGCCCGCCGGCACGCCUUCUUCCGCAGCCCGCGCAGGAUGCGGCCGCUGGUGGACCGCCUAGAGCCCGGCGAGCUGCUUCCCAACGGGCCCUUCUCCUUCUACGGAGAUUACCAGAGCGAGUACUACGGCCCCGGGGGCAACUACGAGUUCUUCCCGCAAGGCCCGCCCUCCUCGCAGGCGCAGACGCCGGUGGAGCUGCCGUUCGGGGCGGCGGGCGGACCGCCGGGCACGCCGCUGGGCGCGUUGGAGCAUCCGCUGCCCGGGCACCACCCGCCCGGAGAGGCGCAGCGCUUCCCCGACAUGCUGGCGCACCCCGCCGGGGACUCGCCCAGCCCCGAGCCCACCCUGCCCGGCUCCCUGCACUCCAUGUCCGCGGAAGUGUUCGGCCCCAGUCCUCCGUUCUCCUCGAUAUCCGUCAACGGCGGUGCUAACUACGGCAAUCACUUGUCACACCCACCAGAAAUGAACGAAGCGGCCGUGUGGUAGCUUUAAGCGAACUGGGUCUAAGUAAGUGAUGAUCAUCUAGUCUGCUUGUUGUUACGGUGUACAGAAAUGAGUAAAUGUAACAUCUCUCCCGCCCUAAGACAAUGGCACCUUGGGAACGAACUGCGCCCGGCGGCUCCGCGCUGCUGCAGAGCGGGACGAUCCCGGUGUGCGUUUGUCACAGACACGGGGACCUGCGUGUGCCAUGACAAAGGAACUGGUGAAGCUGUACAGUAACGUGCCGCCGCGCCGUGGGAUGGAUGGAUGAGUGUGGUUACCCCGUCGGAUGUCACCCCGAGAGCCACAAUCCUUAGAAACUCCUCUUUUAAAAACAAACAAACAAACAAACAAUGAUUGAAUGGCGGAAAGGUGAAAGGAAAGGGGGAAAAGCUGCAAGAACUCUGAGCGCUCCCAAUAAGGAUGGUUCUGGCGUUCCGCAUUUCUUUGUUCAUUUUUCCCUCUCAAAGUUCAACCACGAGAAACUCUUUAGCUUCAGCCAUUGCAGCCUGCUGAAUACCAGGUGGGACAACUUUUCUUUCUCCUUUUUUUCCUUUAUUGUUGGUUUUGUUUUGGUUUUUUUUUUCCGGUUGUUGUUUUCUUCUUUUGUUUCCCUCCCCAAAUAACAAAUACUAAAUGUUGAGCCCUCGGCACCAACUCUUCUACCUUCACAAUGCUACACAUACAAAACCUCCUCAUCAUAGCAAAGGUCGCCAACGGACCUCUAAGGCGAAUGACUUGAAAAGAAAAAAAAUACAAAAAAAAAAAAAAAGACAAAAACAAAAAAAACAAACGAACAAAAAGCAUUCUACCUUCACAAAGAGAGCAAAGCGAAACGAAAAGACUCUAUUGAACUAAAACAGUCAACUGUUUACGUCUAACGUUAAAUUCAGGAGCUCGAUGUUUUACUAACAAAUCCUGUUUUAGAACCUCUUGUUCGAAAGCAAAAUAUUUUGAGCAGCCAACCAAAAUAGUUCCUUUUCUUUUCUGUAGAUGUACAAAGCGAUCGCAGGGCUUGUGGUUCACUGUGCUAGUUUGUCAAAGGUGUUGUUUACAGAAGGCAAAGAGAAACCCGCGAAUCCCAGACCGUUGCCAAAUAAAGGGAAUCUAUAGCACAAAUACUGUCAGGUGCUCCGCACCAGCAACCCGGAGAGGCGUUUCCAAAUGUCACAAGGUUAAAACCAGAACAGAACGAACAUCUUUGCUAAUUUUUAGUCCUGUUGAACAUUCAUGGAAUUGUUAAUAUGACUUAUAUAGACCCACACAGGUUUUAUUUUUGUGUCUUUAAAAUGAAAGUCCAAAAUAUUUAAAUUUUAUGGUCAAAUAUGCAGUCGACAGCUGCUACUUUUUUCUUUAUAUAUUAAAUUUCUCAUAUGUCUUUUAUUGUUCUAAUAAACCUAAGCUUGUGUGACCUCCAGUGCAUAUUAGACCAUUCACUGUAUGAAAGAAAACAUGUUGGAUAAAAUUUGUGCGUUUUUAA